CCGUCCUUUUCCCUAGACAUCUGUGGCUCCCACUGCAGAGUGUCACAAGCAGCUAGACUUUUUCCUCGGAUCUGUCUAAUAGACACACUGGAUGAAUUAGCCUACAGCGACUUGGUGUAAGUAUUGUGUUAGAGUAAACGCAAGAUCCAAAAGAAAGCCUAUUUAAAGCUUGAGAAGAAAACGGAGGAGGGUCUCCAUUACACCCAUGAGAGACAUGGGAGGAAAUGAGAAGAAGAUUCUGGUGAUAGCCAAUGUGCCCAGUUACGAAAGGUCAGACAAGAAGAUUUCUUGUGAGGAGUCUGGAAAGACGAAUGGAAAUAUGCCAACAUCAGCUGUACCUCCCCCCAUACCCAUGUCUCCCAUUGUUGAGAAGAUGGAGGGGCUGAAGGCUAUUCGCAACCGUAGCAACAGUCUUCGUUUUGGACGGCUGGCCUUCUACAGACACCUGGAGAAAGUGGGAACCAUGCGCUGCUUUUGGGAACUAAAACACAUCGAGUUGGAAGGAGGCAAUCAACAGGACACCAAGAAUGAAGGCAAACUGAAAUUUAAGAGUCUGGAGGCCCAGACGAAGAAGAGAUCCCUGGAAACAUCAGACUCACUGUUGGGGCUGCCAAGGCAGGUUGACAAAAUCAACAAAAAGAAUGUAUCAGCGACGCAGAGUGGAGAAGACACUGAAGACUCAGAGGAAGACUCAAAAUUAGAUAAUAAAUCAACAGACUUAGUCCCAGAAAAAAAUGGUGACAUGGUAGACGUGUCAUCUCAAGCCCCAAGUAAUUAUAAAGACAAUUCUACAAAGACUGAAAAUAUGUUUCUCUUCAAACAAGAGAGUAGCUCUGAAGAUGUUGGUGAUGUGGCAUCCUGCAGCAAACGUCGUGUCACAGAAGAAAGCCUGGUAAAGGACGAUCUUAAAAAAAGUCGUGUGGAAGACAUUCAAAAUAAAGAGGCUGAUGAACUGGUGUUGGUAGGAGAAAAGCCACAACACAUUGACUCUGAUGCAGUAAAAACAGAGGUGGAACAAGAAAGAAACAAUGAGGAAUCUGAUGUCGUCAAAUUCUUCAUCGACUCAAGUCCUCCACCAACUGCACCAUUUGACCAUCGCAUAGUGACUCCCAAACCUCAUCAAAUAGCCACCUACUAUUCCAUCAACAAAGAAGAAGUCCUAGGAGGAGGACGUUUUGGACAGGUCCACAAGUGUGUUGAGAACUCAUCUGGCCUGACAUUGGCAGCCAAGAUCAUCCGGGCAAAGAGCCAGAAAGAAAAGGAUUUGGUGAGGAAUGAAAUCCAGGUAAUGAACCAGCUAAACCACUCCAACCUCAUCCAACUGUAUGCAGCCUUUGAGUCCCGCCAUGACAUCAUCCUGGUCAUGGAGUAUGUUGAAGGGGGAGAGUUGUUUGACCGCAUCAUUGAUGAGAACUGUAACCUGACUGAGUUUGACACAGUGCUGUUUAUACGCCAGAUCUGUGAGGGACUGCAGUACAUGCACAAAAUGUACAUACUCCACCUUGACCUUAAGCCUGAGAACAUCCUAUGUGUCAGCAGGGCUACAAACAAGAUAAAAAUAAUUGAUUUUGGUCUUGCCAGGAGGUACAGACCGAGAGAGAAGCUGAAGGUCAACUUUGGAACACCUGAAUUUCUGGCACCUGAAGUCAUCAACUAUGAGUUUGUUUCAUUCCCAACAGACAUGUGGAGCCUUGGUGUCAUCACUUAUAUGCUACUUAGUGGCUUGUCUCCUUUUUUGGGUGAUGAUGACAACGAGACUCUAAACAACAUUCUGGCUUGUCAGUGGAACUUCGAGGAAGAGGAGUUUACUGAUGUUUCUGAUGAGGCCAAAGACUUCAUCACUCGUUUGCUGGUAAAAAGCAAAAGCUGGAGGAUGGGUGCUGCAGAGUCUCUCAGACACCCGUGGCUGUCAGAUCAGAGUUUGCACUACAAGUUAAAUUUGAAGAAAAACAAGUGUCAGGCCAGACGUGCACCCUCUGUAGAGUGCUAGACAGAAACAUUGUUAAGCCGUCAGCAUGGCUUUUGACAAUGUAGGGCCCUGAUGCCCAACACUGGACCAAUGCUGCUCUACCUGUAUGGCUACUGGAUAUCAACUGUACUCACUGCCUAGCAUCCCCACAUAGACUUGAAAUAGAUGCUCUUAUCUCUGAUUUGUAGCAGGGUUUUUGCUCUUAUCUCUGAUUUGUAGCCGGGUUUUUACAAACACAGAACAAAAGAAAUGUUGUCGUUUUAUCAUCUUAGUUGUAAUACAAACAGUGUAUUGUGCUAAAAAGUCUCCAACCGCUUAGUACCGUCAAAGAAAAAAUAUAUAUAAAAAAAAAAUAAAAUAAAAAAAAUAAAGAAAAAAUAUAUAUAAACAUUUAUAUAUUUGUAUUUUACUUUGACAUCACUUAAGGUCAAUGUUGGACAUGUUUAAUCACUACAAGCAGGUGCAAGUACGAAAAAUAAUUAACAAGCUUUCUCAGUGGGAAUGGUGAAAAUACUUCACACACACAAAUACUAAGGUUAAGGUCAAGAAAGCAACCAAGGUCUACCAGAGGUCUGUGGGAAUGUGAGCCAGUCCGUGGGCUCCAAAAGUUUGGAGACCACUGCACAAUAUGGUUGUUCAAACUGAAGCCACAAUUUGUGUUGUGACAUAAUUAAGCAGCUGCUGAGAUAUUACAUUACCGUACAUUGUAACUAUCAAUUGAAUAUUACUUCAAAGACAAAAUAUAAAAGUCAGGAGGAUCGCUGAACAAUGGAAUCCUGAGUCCUUUCUAAGCAAUGACAGCAUCUAUCAUUUUACUUGAUAAUUGGUGUAGUUUACUGAUUUCUUGCAUGCAUGACACCUUUUACCUUGUAGUGUCUAAGUGGUUCUCAAACACUUUUCAACAAGUACCACCUAGGAAAAUAAUUGGCUGUCCAUGUAUCACCACAUUGACAAACAUUCAAAUAUCGUGGCCGAGUACGGCUAAGUAUUUAUGAAAAACAAGGCAGAGGUUUUAUUUAACAAGCAUAUUUAAUAUUUUUGGCCAGUGUAACAGUAGACACAGUUUGAACAAUAACACUGUGUUUGAAUUUAGGAAAAUAAAACAUUGUACUUUAAUCAAGUGAUUAUUUGGCGUACCAUUAGAUGAAACGUACCACAGUUUGAGAAUCCUAACUCUAAGGUUUAGCAAACACAUUGAAUGCUACUAAUUGAAUUGCAUUUUUUGAGAAUACGUGUUACUUUUUUUGUGUUUAUGUUCAAGUCUUUUGUAAAACUAUUAUUUUGCCCAGAUUAUAGAAGUAAACAUAGAUCUUGGUUUAUGACACCGUUAACUUUGCACAUGCAUUUUACCCUUUAAAAUAAAUGAAACUAUGCCAAUAACUAGAUAGCUCCUGGUUCAUGUUAUAUACAGCACACAUUUAUGGUAUUUUUGUAUUUGUUGCUGUUUACUUUCAUACAGCCAUUUAACCUUUGCUUAAGCAGCCUGGAGUAGGUAAACCCCUCACCUUCCAUGAAGGCAUAAUGGAGAAUGCAAUACUACCUACAUGAAUGUUUCAUGUUUUUGACUGGUGUUUAUGUUCAUUUAUGUAUUGUUUUAACACCAAACUGUACUUGAAGUGCAUUACUUUAUUCGGUAUAUUUUUCACAGGGGUCAGACAAGAUUCCUUCCAUUUCUGCACAUCCUUACUGAGUUUGAUUAAAUGGUGACCAGUUCAGAGACAUUGACUGUAGUACUGUCAUUGAUUUAUAAAGGAUGUAAUUGUUAUUAGUUGGAUGAUUUUGAAUCUGGUAAACGGACGUCCUGGACAUACAAAACCCAAAACCAGUAAAUUUGGCACAUUGUGUAAAUCUUAAUAAAAACAGAAUACAAUGAUUUGCAAAUCCUUUUCAAGUUAUAUUCAAUUGAAUAGACUGCAAAGACAAGAUACUAAUGUUCAAACUGGAAAACUUUGUUAUUUUUUGCAAAUAUUCGCUCAUUUGGAAUUUGAUGCCUGCGACAUGUUUCAAAAAAGCUGGCACUGUCACACUGUGGUGAGGGAAGUCCUGUUUUGGGGUUGUCUGGCGUACUUCCUGUUUUAUGUUGAAAGUCUAACCCUCCUCUCGUUACAGGCAACUUGCUCUUCCUCCUGUGUCACUGGUCUGAUGUCUUUCCUGAUUGCCUGAUUGUGCCCACCUGUGUCACCCUCCAUGUGUGUGUGUAUAUAGCCCUUAUCUUCUCCUGUCUUGUUGCCAGAGUAUAUUGUCUUGUUGUGUACCGCCAGCCGUCUUACACAGCCUUGUCCAAGUUGUUAAGUAUUGCCUCGCUUUAUUCCUUAAUUUCUUUGUACCCUCUGAAGAAGAGUGAUUUUGAGUUGCUAAAGUUUUUUGGUCAGUUUUUUUGAGCUAGUGCUCUGCCUUCUUUUUUCCUUCCUCUUGGAGCCAGGAGCGCUUUAAUCUGUAGUUUCUUUAGCCCUUUAUAGUGUAGUUUGCUUAAAGCUUUUUGUAUCCUCUUUGUGAGCGAUUUUCUUUUGGUGUAGUCAAUCAUAGAUUGUUGUUUUUUUUAAAUUAUUAGAUCCGUGUAGAUUUCACAAUCACCUUUUUUCCUCCCUCGGGAGUGAUUUUUCGUUUAUUGUUUUUUGUGCUACGUUUCCUUUUGACUCUAGUGUGUCUAGUAUAGAGUUUCUAGCCAUUUGUUUAUUCACUCUAUCUGAAGAGAGUUCUCAGAAACUGUUGAAUAAAAGCCUGCGUCAAUCGUUUCCCGUCUGCAACUGAGUCCUCAUUUUUGCCAAUGCCUAACAGCACAAGUGGCAAAAAAGACUGAGAAAGUUGAGGAAUGCUCAUCAAACACUUAUUUGGAACAUCCCACAGGUGAACAGGCUAAUUGGGAACAGGUGGGUGCCAUGAUUGGGUAUAAAAGCAGCUUCCAUUAAAUGCUCUGUCAUUCACAAACAAUAAUGGGGCGAGGGUCACCACUUUGUGAAGAAAUGCGUGAGCAAAUUGUCGAACACUUUAAGAACAUUUCUCAACUAGCUAUUGCAAGGAAUUUAGGGAUUUCACCAUCUACGGUCUGUAAUAUCGUCAUAAGGUUCGGAGAAUCUAGAGAAAUCACUGCACGUAAGCGAUGAUAUUACAGACCUUCGAUCCCUCAGGCGGUACUGCAUCAAAAGCCGACAUCAGUGUGUAAAGGAUAUGACCGCAUGGGCUCAGGAACACUUAAGAAAACCACUGUCAGUAACUACAGUUCGUUGCUACAUCUGUAAGUGCAAGUUAAAAUUCUACUAUGCAAAAUGAAAGCCAUUUAUCAACAACACCCAGAAACGCUGCCGGCUUCGCUGGGCCUGAGCUCAUCUAAGAUGGACUGAUGCAAAGUGUAAAAGUGUUCUGUGGUGUGAUGACUCCACAUUUCAAAUUGUUUUGGGAAACUGUGGAUGUCGUGUCCUCCGGAACAAAGAGGAAAAUAACUAUUCGGAUUGUUAUAGGCACAAAAGCCUGAAUCUGCAAUGGUAAGGGGGUGUAUUAGUGCCCAAGACAUGGGUAACUUACACAUAUGUGAAGGCACCAUUAAUGCUGAAAGGUACAUACAGGUUUUGGAGCAACAUAUGUUGCCAUCCAAGCAACGUUAUCAUGGCAUUUCAGCAAGACAAUGCUAAGCGACGUGUUACAACAGCGUGGCUUCAUAGUAAAAGAGUGCAGGUACUAGAUUGGCCUGCCUGUAGUCCAGACCUGUCUCCCAUUGAAAAUGUGUGGCGCAAUAUGAAGCGUAAAAUACCACAACGGAGACCACGGACUGUUUUACUUAAGCUGUACAUCAAGCAAGAAUGGUAAAGAAUGCCACUUGAAAACCUUCAAAAAUUGGUCUCCUCAGUUCCCAAACAUUUACUGAGUGUUGUUAAAAGGAAAAGAUUAUAAAAAUGCCCUUGUACCAACUUUUUUGUAAUGUGUUGCUGCCAUUAAAUUGUAAGUUAAUGAUUAUUUGCAAAAAAAAUUUAGUGUUUUUAGUUUGACCAUUAAAUAUCUUGUCUUUGCAUUCUAUUUAAUUUAAUAGAAGUUGAAAAGGAUUUGCAAAUCAUUGUAUUCUGUUUUUAUUUACGAAUUACACAACGUGCCAACUUCACUGGUUUUGGGUUUUGCAAUUUUUUCCUCUUAUUGGUUUGGAGUUUUGGAUGACUUGUUUUCCCCAAUACACCUUUGUGUGAUGGAAUGUUUGUAAAGUUGUUUGC